UCGCGACCCAAGACAAUCAAGGGCUCGUGGACGGCCGCAGAGGACGCCAAACUGGUCGAGCUCGUCGACGAGUUCGGGUCCGAGAAGUGGGUCAUCAUCUCGUCGCAGAUGGGCUCGAGGUCGGGCAAGCAGUGUCGCGAGCGGUGGCACAACCACCUCAACCCGAACAUCAAGAAGAGCGACUGGUCGCCCGAGGAGGACGCCCUCAUCCGCGACCUGCACGCCAAGAUUGGGCCUAGGUGGGCCGAGAUGGCCAAGCACCUUCCCGGCAGGCCCGACAACUCGAUCAAGAACUACUGGAACGCCCGACAAGCUCGCGAGAAGCGCGACCGGUCCAAGAGCAUGAGCCGGCCCGCUCUCGUUCGACCCGUCGGCGCAGCACGUCGCGUUCGAGACGGGCCAAGCAGGCGUCGCCGGCCCGUACAUCCAUCCGGCGCACCUGACGACGCUGGACGAGACGUUCGCCUACUCGGCGUCGCAGGACUCGACGCCGCUCGUCGGCAGCAGCAGCGGCGGGUUUGACCCGUACUCGAUGUUCGACUCGUCGCAGGGCGUCGACGAUGGGUCGUGCACGCCGGGCAGUGCGCCGUCGAGCGUCGCGGCGAGCCCGCACGAGAGCACGAUGGGCGUCACGGUCGACACGGUGACGGGGCUCGUCUACUCGGCGGGCCCGUCGACGGCCGGGUCGCACAGCGAGGUGCACCCGUCGUUCGGCGCGUUCGGCUCGGCGGCGGCGGGCGGUGGCGGCGACGGUGGGCCCGAGACCGCCUACCUGGGCUCGAGCGCGACGAGCGCCGGGCUCAGCCAGCAGUCGAGCUUUGCGCCGGCCGACGACGGCGUCUACGCGUUCGACCCGUCGCUCGGCUCUGCGCCGACGCCGAUGGAGGGCACGGCGGCGCGUCCGAGCCUCGCACGGCAGCACACGGCGCCCGCCGCGUUCGCCUUCCCGCCGCCACGUCAGCCCCUCGUCGCCGCACCGAUGCGCCGCCCGAUGCCUCUCCAGCUCCCUUCCUCGUCAUCCUCGUCGUCCCUCGGCUCGCGCUCGUCGCACAGCCAUCGCCACACGCCGUCCC